AUGCUGCGUUCCUGUCAAGUGCUUGCCUGCUGCUGCCUUAUCCUGGGCACCUUGGGGGUCCGUAUAGAUACCUGUCAGCAGCUCCAGGAUUCUAGCAUAAAACCUGGAUUUCCAAAGCCAGUGAAAACCAAUGACCCCGAUGUGCUCAAAGCAGCCAGAUUCAGCGUGGAAAUGUUCAACAACUGCUCCAAUGAUAUCUUCUUGUUCAAGGAAUCCCGCAUCAAGAGAGCCCUGGUACAGAUCGUGAAUGGCCUGAAGUACAUGCUUGACAUGGACAUUGGCAGGACUACCUGCAAGAAAAACCAUCCGCAGAACUUGGAGAACUGCAACUUUCCGAAAAACCGCAUGUUCGAGCAGACUUUCUCCUGCUACACUGAAGUCUGGGUCGUCCCCUGGCUCCACAAGUCCGAAGUGCUUGCGCUCCACUGUCAACAGCUUCCUCCUGGCCUUGCAAUGGUCCCAUGGCUGGUGCAUGAUCGUGACUACCUGGGACAGGGGGCUGAGCUGGCUGUGGAGCAUUUUGAAAGAUUUGCAGAGAAAUAA